GUCUGGAGUCUGUUGCAUGAGGGGCCCACGGAGGCGCUGGAGUGGUGAUGAUGGUUCGGGAGGCGGAGCUGAAGUGCGCUGAGUCUCGGUGAGGCGUGACACUUUAUCAUGACUGUUUUCAGACAAGAAAACGUGGAUGAUUACUACGACACCGGCGAGGAGCUUGGCAGUGGGCAGUUUGCGGUUGUGAGGAAAUGCCGAGAGAAGAGCACGGGUCUCCAGUAUGCAGCCAAAUUCAUCAAGAAGAGGAGGACGCGGUCCAGCCGGCGGGGGGUGAGCCGCGAGGACAUCGAGAGGGAGGUCAGCAUCCUGAAGGAGAUCCAGCACCCUAAUGUCAUCACCCUACAUGAGGUCUAUGAGAACAAGACGGACGUCAUUCUGAUUCUAGAACUUGUUGCAGGUGGUGAGCUAUUUGACUUCUUAGCUGAAAAGGAAUCUUUGACCGAAGAAGAAGCAACUGAAUUUCUCAAACAAAUUCUCAGUGGUGUUUACUAUCUUCACUCCCUUCAGAUCGCCCAUUUUGACCUCAAGCCUGAAAACAUAAUGCUUUUGGAUAGAAAUGUUCCCAAACCUCGGAUUAAGAUCAUUGACUUUGGAUUGGCCCAUAAAAUUGACUUUGGAAAUGAAUUCAAAAACAUAUUUGGGACACCAGAGUUUGUUGCUCCUGAGAUUGUCAACUAUGAACCCCUUGGCCUUGAAGCAGACAUGUGGAGCAUCGGAGUAAUAACCUAUAUUCUUUUAAGUGGUGCCUCCCCCUUUCUUGGAGACACAAAACAAGAAACAUUAGCAAAUGUAUCUGCUGUCAACUAUGAAUUUGAGGACGAAUACUUCAGUGGUACCAGUGCCCUAGCCAAAGAUUUCAUCAGAAGACUUCUGGUCAAAGAUCCAAAGAAGAGAAUGACAGUUAAGGACAGUUUGCAACACCCCUGGAUCAAGCCUAAAGAUACCCAGCAAGUACUCAGUAGAAAAGCAUCUGCAGUAAACAUGGAAAAGUUCAAGAAGUUCACAGCACGGAAAAAAUGGAAACAAUCAGUCCGCUUGAUAUCACUGUGCCAAAGACUUUCCAGGUCAUUUUUGUCCAGAAGUAACAUGAGUGUGGCCAGAAGCGAUGAUACUCUGGAUGAAGAAGACUCCUUUGUGAUGAAAGCCAUCAUUCAUGCCAUCAACGAUGACAAUGUCCCAGGCCUGCAGCACCUUCUGGGCUCUCUGUCCAACUAUGAUGUCAAUCAACCCAACAAGCAUGGGACACCGCCAUUACUUAUUGCUGCUGGCUGUGGGAAUAUUCAGAUGCUUCAGUUGCUCAUUAAAAGAGGCUCAAGGAUCAAUGUCCAGGAUAAGGGAGGAUCCAAUGCCAUCUACUGGGCCUCUCGGCAUGGUCAUGUAGAAACCUUGAAAUUUCUCCAUGAAAACAAAUGCCCUUUGGAUGUUAAAGACAAGUCGGGGGAGACAGCCCUCCAUGUGGCAGCUCGCUAUGGGCACGCAGAUGUCGUUCAGCUGCUAUGCAGUUUUGGCUCCAAUCCCAACUUCCAGGACAAGGAGGAAGAGACCCCACUGCACUGUGCUGCCUGGCACGGCUACUACGCUGCUGCCAGAGCCCUCUGUGAAGCGGGCUGUAACGUAAACAUCAGGAACCGGGAGGGAGAGACACCGUUGCUCACAGCUUCAGCCCGUGGCUUCCAUGACAUCGUGGAGUGUCUGUCAGAGUACGGCGCUGACCUCGAUGCCUCCGACAAGGAUGGACACAUUGCUCUUCAUCUUGCGGUCCGGCGAUGUCAGAUGGAGGUCAUCAAGACGUUGCUCGGCCAAGGGUGUUUGGUUGACUUCCAAGACAGACACGGCAACACCCCCCUGCACGUGGCCUGCAAGGAUGGCAGUGUGCCCAUUGUGAUGGCCCUCUGUGAGGCAAACUGCAGUUUAGACAUCUCAAACAAGUACGGCCGGACCCCUCUACAUCUUGCUGCCAACAACGGGAUUCUGGAUGUGGUCCGGUAUCUCUGUGUGGCUGGUGCCAACGUGGAAGCCCUCACUUCAGAUGGGAAGACAGCCGAAGAUCUUGCUAAAUCGGAACAGCAUGAACAUGUGGCCGGACUUCUUGCAAGACUCCGGAAGGAUGCUCACCGAAGCCUCUUCAUCCAGCAGCUCCGACCCACACAGAAUUUCCAGCCAAGAAUCAAACUCAAGCUGUUUGGCCACUCGGGGUCUGGGAAGACCACUCUUGUGGAGUCCCUCAAGUGCGGACUGCUGCGGGGCUUCUUCCGGAGGCGGCGGCCCAGGCUGUCUUCCACCAACUCCACCAGGUUCCCCCCAUCACCCUUGGCCUCCAAGCCAGCAGUCUCCGUGAGCAUCAACAACCUGUGUCCCGGCUGUGAGAACGUGAGUGUGCGGAGCCGCAGCAUGAUGUUCGAGCCAGGCCUCACCAAGGGUGUGCUGGGAGUGUUCGUGGCCCCACCACACCACUCACACAGCUCAGCUGAUGACCAGUCCACUAAGGCCAUUGACAUCCAGAAUGCCUACUUGAAUGGCAUCGGUGAUUUCAGCGUGUGGGAGUUUUCUGGGAAUCCUGUGUAUUUCUGCUGUUACGAUUAUUUUGCUGCCAAUGAUCCCACCUCGAUCCACGUUGUGGUUUUCAGUCUGGAGGAGCCCUAUGAGAUACAGCUGAACCAAGUGAUUUUCUGGUUGAGCUUUCUGAAGAGCCUGGUGCCUGUGGAAGAGGCCAUAGCCUUUGGUGGUAAGCUGAAGAACCCACUGCGAGUUGUCCUGGUGGCCACUCAUGCUGACAUCAUGAAUGUACCCCGUCCAGCUGGAGGUGAAUUUGGUUAUGACAAAGAUACCUCAUUGCUUAAAGAAGUUAGGAACAGGUUUGGGAAUGAUCUUCAUGUUUCAAACAAGCUCUUUGUCCUGGAUGCUGGAGCUUCGGGAUCUAAGGACAUGAAGGUACUUCGAAACCAUCUGCAGGAAAUUCGGAGCCAGAUUGUUACUGUCUGCCCUCCAAUGACUAACCUGUGUGAGAAGCUCAUUUCCACGCUGCCUUCCUGGAGGAAACUCAAUGGGCCCAACCAGUUGAUGUCACUCCAGCAGUUCAUGUAUGAUGUGCAGGACCAGCUAAACCCUCUGGUCAGUGAGGAGGACCUCAGGCGUGUAGCCCAGCAGCUCCACAGCAUCGGCGAGAUUAACAUCAUGCAGAGUGAAACCGUACAGGAUGUGCUACUCCUGGAACCCCGCUGGCUCUGUACCACUGUCCUGGGGAAGCUGCUUUCUGUGGAGACACCACGGGCCCUCCACCACUACCGUGGCCGCUAUACUGUGGAGGAUAUUCAGCGCCUGGUUCCUGACAGUGAUGUUGAAGAGCUGCUCCAGAUCCUAGAUGCCAUGGACAUCUGCGCCCGGGACUUGAGCAGUGGCACCAUGGUGGACAUACCGGCCCUGAUCAAGACAGACAACUUGCAUCGCUCCUGGACAGACGAGGAGGAUGAAGUUAUGGUCUAUGGUGGUGUGCGCAUCGUUCCUGUGGAACACCUCACCCCCUUCCCCUGUGGCAUCUUUCACAAAGUCCAAGUCAACCUGUGCCGGUGGAUUCACCAACAAAGCACUGAGGGUGACGCAGAUAUCCGCCUGUGGGUGAAUGGCUGCAAGGUUGCCCACCGUGGAGCUGAGCUGCUUGUGCUUUUGGUCAACCAUGGCCAAGGCAUCGAGGUCCAGGUCCGAGGCCUAGACACAGAGAAGAUGAAAUGCUUCUUCCUGCUGGACUCAGUGUGCAGCACCAUUGAGAAUGUUAUGGCGACCACACUGCCAGGGCUAUUGACAGUGAAGCAUUACCUGAGCCCCCAGCAGCUGCGGGAGCACCAUGAGCCAGUCAUGAUCUACCAGCCCCGGGACUUCUUCCGGGCACAGACCCUGAGGGAGACCUCCCUGACAAACACCAUGGGGGGCUACAAGGAAAGCUUCAGUAGCAUCAUGUGCUUUGGAUGUCACAAUGUCUACUCACAAGCCAGCCUUGGGAUGGAUAUCCAUGCUUCAGAUCUCAACCUUCUGACCCGCAGGAAAUUGAGUCGCCUGCUGGAUCCGCCGGAUCCCAUGGGCAAGGACUGGUGUCUUCUUGCCAUGAACUUGGGCCUACCCGAACUUGUAGCAAAGUAUAACACCAACAACGGGGCUCCCAAGGACUUCCUCCCCAGCCCAGUCCAUGCCUUGCUCCGAGAAUGGACCUCUUUCCCAGAGAGUACAGUUGGCAUCCUCAUGUCCAAACUGAGGGAGCUAGGACGCCGGGAUGCAGCUGACUUUUUACUGAAAGCAUCUUCUGUGUUCAAAAUAAACCUUGAUGUUAACGGGCAAGAGGCCUAUGCCUCAAGCUGCAACAGUGGCACAUCCUACAAUUCCAUUAGCUCAGUGGUUUCCCGGUGAGGGUGGCCUUUGCUUUGG